GAAGUCACCAAAAGCAACGGAGGAAAAGAUGAGUCCGAAGAGAAUUCGCAGCCCCCUUCUCCUCAUUCCUUUCCUAAGGCUCCUCACCAAGUUUCCCACCAAGGCACUAUACGCCCCAGUCCUCAAGAACAGAAACUUAGGCAGUGAAAAAGAAGUGGGGAGAAAGCUCAGCCCCUGUGGAACGUGGGCUGCUGGCGCCUGGCCUUUGAGGGCCUCAAUUCCAGCAACGCUGCCUUCCAGGUCACAAAACCUCCUGAGGUCUUCCCACCGCCUGGGGCGCAAGGAGGCGGGCCCGGCGGGCGACGCGCUGUGAUUGGCCGCCGGGGAGCCCGCCCCUUCAUCCCGGUGCGUCGGGAGGGGGCGGGGCCAGCCGCCUGCUCGGCUCCGAGGCUGCGGGCGCCUAUUGACCCAGCGGCUGCCGUGCUGCCGCUGUCUCCUCCUGCUCGUGGCAGGCGGUGCACGAGCGCCGAGUAGCGCUGGAGAACCGGCGCUUCCUUUCGCAGCCGCCGCCGCCGCCGCCAUCUCCACGUUUGCGGGGCGGGAACGAGGGAGGGGGACUCGCGGCUGCAGCUGGAGCGGGCUUCUCUCCGGGGACGGUCCUCCCCUUGCUCUCCUUUUCCUCCUCCUCGCGCCGUCGUCGCCCGCCCCCUGCGCCCUGCCCGCGCAGCCCCGGUCCGAAAGGGAGAGAAAGAGGCGGCCGGGGGCUGGAGAGGCCGGCGGGCGGACGCGCGCUCGGAGGAAACUCCAGCCCGAUCAGUGCAUCCUCGCGCCCAGGGUGCACCCCGACCCGGCCUCAGCGGCGGCAGGAAGGGGCUCAGUCGAGGGAGGCGGGGGCAGCGCUGCGGGGGCGGGCCCGGCCGUCCCGGCCCUAAGUUGUGGGGCUCGGCUCCUCCCGACCUGAUUCCUCUCCCCUCGGCUCCUCGGACGGAGCUUGGCGCCGCCAGCCCCGGAGCCGCCGAGCCCGCGCCUCCUCGGUGAGGAGGACACGCCUGCCCUCGUCGAGAAAACUUUUCCUGCCGACUCGGUCGGGCGGCGGUGGCAGGAAGUCCAGGCAGCGACCUCUCCUCUGCCUGCCCCGCGCACCCUGCCUGGUAGCGGCGCAGAGCUCGAGAUCAAGUUUGCGGGGCCCCUUCCGGGCUGCAGGCGGGUCCCGCCUCAGGAGGGACGCCCGGCCCCAGGGAGGGCGGCGGCCCGGGCGAAGGCCGAGGUCGCCUAGUGGCGCCGGAGACAAGGUGCAGAGUGCGGCCCGGAUCCUCACCCGCCGCCGAGAGCGCGGAAAACAGGAGCCCGGGAGCAGGGAGCCUUCGGCGGCCGCUUCCAGGAGUCCACAGCCCGCCUCGUCCUCCGGGUGAGGACAGUGUCCUGGCCCCCAGUCUCUCGAGGAAAAAUGAAGUUAAGCCGUCAGUUCACUGUGUUCGGCAGCGCGAUCUUCUGUGUGGUGAUCUUCUCGCUCUACCUGAUGCUGGACCGGGGUCACUUAGACUAUCCCAAGAGCCCGCGCCGCGAGGGCUCCUUUCCCCAGGGCCAACUCUCAAUGUUGCAAGAAAAAAUAGACCAUUUGGAGCGUUUGCUAGCUGAGAAUAAUGAGAUCAUCUCAAAUAUUAGAGACUCGGUUAUCAAUUUGAGUGAGUCUGUGGAGGAUGGUCCGAAAAGUUCACGAGGUGGUUUCGGCCAAGGUGCUGGCUCACCUCUUCUGCCGUCAAAACUGUCACUUGAAGUCAACCCUGAAGAUUGUCUGUUUGCUUCACAAAGUGGAAGUCAGAAAUCAGAUGUGCAGAUGUUGGAUGUUUACAGUCUAAUACCUUUUGACAAUCCAGAUGGUGGAGUUUGGAAGCAAGGAUUUGACAUUACCUAUCAAAAUAAUGAAUGGGAUACCAAGCCUCUUCAGGUCUUUGUGGUGCCUCAUUCCCAUAAUGACCCAGGUUGGUUGAAGACUUUUGAGGACUACUUUAGAGAGAAGACUCGGUUUAUUCUUAAUAACAUGGUCGUCAAGCUGAGUGAAGACUCACGGAGGACAUUUAUAUGGCCCGAGAUCUCUUACUUUUCAAGGUGGUGGGAUACUAUAGAUAGUCAGAAGAAGGAUGCUGUUAAAAGGUUACUAGAAAAUGGUCAGUUGGAAAUUGUGACAGGUGGCUGGGUUAUGCCUGAUGAGGCUGCUGCACAUUAUUUUGCCUUAAUUGACCAACUAAUUGAAGGACAUCAGUGGCUGGAAAAAAAUCUAGGAGUGAAACCUCGGUCCGGUUGGGCUAUUGAUCCUUUUGGACAUUCACCAACUAUGGCUUAUCUUCUAAAACGUGCUGGAUUUUCUCACAUGCUUAUCCAGAGAGUUCAUUAUGCAGUUAAAAAACAUUUCGCAUUGGGUAAAACGCUGGAGUUUUUUUGGAGACAGAAUUGGGAUCUGGGAUCUGCCACAGAUAUUUUUUGCCACAUGAUGCCCUUCUACAGCUAUGACAUCCCUCACACUUGUGGACCUGAUCCUAAAAUAUGCUGCCAGUUUGAUUUUAAACGGCUUCCUGGAGGCAUACUUGGUUGUCCCUGGGGAGUCCCCCCAGAAACAAUAUUUAAUGGAAAUAUCCAAAGCAGGUCUAGGCUGCUUCUAGAUCAGUACCGAAAGAAGUCAAAGCUUUUCCGUACUACAGUUCUCCUGGUCCCACUAGGAGAUGAUUUCCGCUACCGUGAACACUCAGAAUGGGAUUACCAGUUCAAGAAUUAUCAGCUACUUUUUGAUUAUAUGAAUUCUCAAUCUAAAUAUAAUAUUAAGAUACAGUUUGGGACAUUAUCAGAUUAUUUUGAUGCAGUGGAUAAAGAAGAUGCAACCCGUCAGAAUAGCCAAUCAAUGUUCCCUGUUCUGAGUGGAGAUUUUUUCACCUAUGCCGACCGAGAUGAUCAUUACUGGAGUGGCUACUUUACAUCAAGACCCUUUUACAAACGAAUGGAUAGGAUAUUGGAAUCUUACUUAAGGGCUGCUGAAAUUCUUUACUAUUUCGCCCUGCAACAAGCUCAGAAAUACAAGAUAAGUAAAUUUCUUUCAUCAUCCUAUUAUAUGGCGCUGACAGAAGCCAGAAGGAAUUUGGGACUGUUUCAACAUCAUGAUGCUAUCACAGGAACCGCAAAGGAUUGGGUGGUUGUGGAUUAUGGUACCAGACUCUUUCAUUCAUUCAUUAAUUUGAGGAAGAUAAUUGGGAAUUCUGCACUACUACUUAUCUUGAAGGACAAAUACUCAUAUGACUCUACUGAUACCGUCCUAGAAAUGGAUUUAACACAAAAAUCACAAAGUUCUUUGCCACGAAAAAGUGUAAUAAAGCUGAGUGCGGAGCCAAGGUAUCUUGUGAUCUAUAAUCCUUCAGAACAAGACCGAAAAUCGAUGGUCUCCAUCUGUGUGAGUUCCCCCACAGUGCUGCUGUCUUCUGCUUCAGGAAAGCCUGUGGAGAUUCAGAUGAGUGCAGUGUGGGAUACAGCGGAUAAUAUUUCAAAGACAGCCUACGAGAUCUCUUUUCUAGCACAGAUGCCACCAUUGGGACUAAAAGUAUAUACAAUUUCAGAAUCAAGAAGCUCACAUUCACAUUUAGCUGAAUAUGCCCUGUAUAAUGGUAACAUAGAAGAUAAAGGAAUUUUCAAAAUGGAGAAUAUAAAAAGUACUGAAGAAGAUAUAACUCUUGAAAACUCCUUUAUUAAGCUUCAGUUUGGUCAGUCGGGGCUUAUGGAGAAAAUGAUAAAUAAAGAAGAUGGUAGACAUCAUAAAGUACAAGUGCAGUUUUCAUGGUAUGGAACUUCGAGUAAAAGGGACAAAAGUGGUGCCUACCUCUUCUUACCUGAUGGAGAAGCCAAGCCUUAUGCUUACACAACACUGCCCCGUGUCAGAGUGCAACGUGGAAGAUUUUAUUCAGACGUGACUUGCUUUUUUGAACAUGUUACCCAUAGAGUCCGACUGUACAACAUACAGGGAAUAGAAGGACAGUCUGUGGAAGUUUCCAAUAUUGUGGACAUCCGAAGAGUAUAUAACCGUGAGAUUGCAAUGAGAAUUUCCUCUAGCAUAGACAGCCAAAAUAGAUUUUAUACUGACCUAAAUGGAUACCAGAUUCAACCUAGAAGGACCAUGAGCAAAUUGCCUCUUCAAGCAAAUGUCUAUCCAAUGACUACAAUGGCAUAUAUCCAGGAUGCCAAGUAUCGCUUGACACUGCUCUCUGCUCAGUCUUUAGGUGUUUCAAGUUUGGAAAGUGGUCAGAUCGAAGUUAUCAUGGAUCGAAGACUCAUGCAAGAUGAUAAUCGAGGGCUUGAUCAAGGUGUCCAUGAUAACAAGAUUACAGCUAAUUUAUUUCGAAUACUACUAGAAAAAAGAACUGUUGUGAAUAUGGAAGAAGAAAAGAAGUCAGUCAGUUAUCCUUCCCUCCUUAGCCACAUAACUUCAUCUUUCCUGAAUCAUCCUGUCUUUUCAAUGACAGAAAAGAUCCCUGUGCCCACUCUUCAGCUGCUUGGUGAAUUCUCUCCGUUACUGUCGUCUUUGCCUUGUGACAUUCAUCUGGUUAAUCUUAGGACUAUAGAGUCACAGGAGAAUGACAAGCCUUCGGAUGAGGCAGCUUUGAUCCUCCACAGAAAGGUGUUUGAUUGCCGCUUCUCUAGCAGAGACACGGGGCUGCUCUGUUCCACAACCCAGGGAAAGAUAUUGGUACAGAAACUUUUUAACAAGUUUACUGUUGCAAGUCUCGUACCUUCAUCAUUAUCCUUGAUGCACUCACGUCCAGAUGCCCGAAAUAUAAGUGAGAUCAACUUGAGUCCCAUGGAAAUCAGCACAUUCCGAAUCAGGUUGAGGUGAAGCAGGCUUUCACGGUUGGAUUGGAAAGUGUUGGCUUUUGUACACUUCUUGGUUUGACGUGCAAUAAAGAAGCACAUUAUUUUAGCUUCUGGCUACUGUGAGAACACGAAUUCUGUGAUUUUUUUUUUUUUUUUUACCCAUAUAGUAAGAAAAAAAAAAAGCCAUGCUAUAAACCUUUUUUUUCCCCUUAAGUUCCUUCCAUGAACUACCACCAUCGGUAUGAAUUGAUGCAACAAACGAAGAAAUGUCUAAAGACAACCUCUCAACAGAUUGUAUCUCAGGUUAAAUUCUGACUAAUUAUAUCUGUGUUGGGGGUUGUGAAGAGAUUGUCAUAAGUGUUCACGUUGCUGAUCCUUUGUUAGUUUUACAAAAAUAUCGAUUUUUACCAAAAUGGAAUAAAAAGCUGGUGGGUAAUAGCUAAUGGCCAAAAUGGUUGCAAUCGUUCAUACACAUUAGAGAAAUUUUAUGUAUUGAAAUAUGUGGAAAAGUGCAAUCCAUCAACCUUAUGAUCUACAUGGGUGAUUUUACACCUUUUUCUAAUGUACCACUUGACCCCUUCCUUCCCACCCUUUGUAAGUAUUUCCAGAAAUAUGGGAUUUUGGAUCAUUCAAUAGUCGAAUAAGAGGCAUAUUUUCAUUACUUGACAAUGUGGGAUAGGUGCAAUUUAUUCCAUUGUCACUAAACUAGAAGAAGCAAUUCCAUAGGUACCGUAACCUAUUUUAGGUACCACAAGGUGUCUUUUUACACAGCUCAUUUGAAUACAGAUGUUCUGAGAAGGGGUUUUCUAUUUUAAAAUUACCAUAUCAAAAUAAAUGUGCCUUAUUUUUUUAUAAGUCUUGUUAAAUCUUUUGGUGUCCAUAUUAGUGUUUGGGGAAGGGGGUAAGCUGUGGGGGCGGCAGGGGCUGGGUUCUUUCUAUGAUGCAUAAAUUGUACAAUUUUUGCCUGACAGUGCUGGCCACAUUCGGAUCUGUUUCAUUAAAUUUGUGGUGAUGUUACUCUAAACAUUUUGACUAUUUGAAUGUACUGAGAUGUCAGAAAACAAAACAAGGAAGAAAAAUAUUGUUAAUUAAAAUAUGCUGCUGCCAAGGAGACUGCAACUUGAAGCAAGGAUUUUGUAACUUACAAAAUCCACAUACUGUUUCCAUUUCACAGGAGUUAACCAUAAUAAAGAGAGAAUGCUUUAAAAUAGACUCUGUUUUGAAACCCACUUAUAUGUGGCUCCUCAUUAAAGAAUAUGUUUGUUCAAUUAAUUCCAAACUUUUGUAUGUGCUAAACUCAAAGUGAAGUUUUAAGCCUGUGUGCCGUUACAAUACUUUUGAUAAAACUUAUUUGGGAUCGUUUUUAACUUGACAUAAAUAAAAGCAACAUUAGCAUCAUUUAGAACAUUCAGUUUAGCAUAGAACUCUUUGAGUAUGAAAAUUCUCUUUGUGUUAAUAGACUUAGUAUUAUCUGACUUUAAACUUCCAUUUACCUCCUGUCAUUCCAACAUCUUUAUAGAUAAAUUAAAACCUAAUUUCUGUUUGACCAUGUAGUCUGCUUAUCAUCUGGAUUUACAAUCAAGAUGCAGCUCCUAAGAUUAUUGUUAAGUUAUGUUAAAUUCAUAAACUUCUUUCGCCUUUAAUAAUUAAGGAAACAUACCAGAGUUAGUAAAGAUAUUACAAUGGAGUAAUUUCAUGCAAUAAUCACGUACUGUAAGUUUCCUUCCUCUUUUGUGGGGGAUAAACAAUUUAAAAAAAAAAAGACUUCCUUUUUGUGGACACCUACGGAUGUUAGGAUUGCCUGAAGCAAGUCCCAGGAAUAAGGUCAAUAUUUUCAUUGCAUCUUAAAUAUAAAACCUUCCUAUGGGAGUUCACUGUGUCCUGUGGUUAAGUGGGUGUGCUUAAUCGUUCUGGAAAUUCUGAUCAGUUGAAAUAAAAACUCUUGAUGCAAUAACAGCGGUUUUGCCACUUCCAGUUGUUUGAGAUGGAUCUGUCCCAUGUCAGUUGGGGUCUUAUUCAGUGUGUGUUGCCACCAGCUGCUCAGAGGUAAAGCAGAAAUUCUCUUUAACCAGCAAGUUUCUGCUUUUUGUUUUUAGAAUAAAUCGUCAGGGAAAUGAAGAGAGGAUGCUUUUGUUUUGGGUUAUGGUCAAGAACUGAUUAAAUAAUUUAGUGUCUCUGGCACACACUAAAACCAUAUACUUCAGUUGUGAUCUUGGUGACAUAUCUGUUGGCUUAGGUUUUAUUACAUUUAUUAUCGCAGAUGUUCGGUUGACCAAGUAGUUCAUUACUUUCUCUUAAUUUUUUUAAAUUUUAAUUUGGGCUUCUAACUGCAGCGUUUGAGAACUCAGCAUCCUUGUUUUCUGCAAAUACUGAUUAAAAUAAAAUGCUGUAAAACGUGUUGUAAAACAUUGUAAUUACCUUCCCAUGUCUUUGUUGUACUUGUGCAGAAAUGUUUUCACAUUCCUUUGUCUGGAGAAAAAAUCUUUGCUUUCAUUUUGAUUAUGUUGCUUACCUUGAAAUCAAUAGGUUUUGAUAUUUUCUCUUGGAAGAUUUUAUAUCUUUUUGGGAAUAUGUAAUAUAUGAUCUCUAAUAAAAGAUAAAUCUCAUCUUG